CUUUGACUCAAUAAGUGUUUGAACUUUGGUAGAAGAACAGCGAUUUUGUUUUUUUAUUCUUAAUCUUGUUUACAGCUUAAAGUCCUUAUUUUAUUCAUCAAUAAACAGACUCUAGCUAUGAUCAACACUGGGAAAUUAUCUGGGCUGACGGUUUUCGUGACUGGAGGCAGUCGGGGGAUUGGCAAAGCAAUUGCAUUGAAAGCUGCAAAGGAUGGAGCCAAUGUUGUGGUUGCGGCUAAGACUGCCACUGCAAACCCGAAGUUGCCAGGGACUAUCUACACAGCCUGUGAUGAAAUUGAAGCAGCUGGAGGCAAAGCCCUGCCCUGUAUUGUUGAUGUCAGAGAUGAGAAGCAAGUGAGAAGUGCUGUAGAAGAAGCCAUUAAGAAAUUCGGUGGAAUAGAUAUUUUAAUUAACAAUGCCUCCGCCAUACAGCUUUCACCAACUGAUCAGACUGAUAUGAAAAGAUAUGACUUAAUGCAUAAUAUAAACACAAGAGGAACGUUUUUAACCACCAAAGAAUGCCUUCCAUACCUUAAGAAGAGUAAGCAUGCACACAUUCUGAACCUCUCUCCACCACUGAACAUGAACCCCUUGUGGUUCCAAAAUCAUGUUGCCUACACAAUGGCAAAAUAUGGAAUGUCGAUGUGCGUUCUCGGUAUGCAUGCCGAAUUCAAGCCCUUCAAUAUUGGUGUCAACGCUUUGUGGCCAAGGACAGGUAUUAGCACUGCUGCCAUUGAAAUGUUGGCCGGCGAUGAAUCCUUUAAAUAUACUCGUAAGCCUGAAAUCAUGGCUGAUGCGGCUUACGUGAUCCUCUCGCAGGAUCCGAGGAAGGUGACUGGAAACUUCUUUAUUGAUGAGCAAAUCCUAAAGGAACACGGUGUCACCGAUUUCGAUCAGUACGCAAACGACCCAUCACAAAGGGAGAACAUGAUGAUUGACUUCUUCUUGGAUGAAGCACUCAAUAAACAAGCCGAACCAACUAAGAAGACUGAGGAGUCUAUAAAACCUGCUGGAGAGGUUGGCAAGAUCUUCGUUGCUAUUGAGAAGAACUUGAGCGAGGAUUUGGUGAAGAGCACUAACGCCGUGUUUGCUUUCAAUUUGACUGGCAAAGAAUCUGGAAAAUGGUUCGUCGACUUGAAGAACGGCACAGGUAAAUGUGGCCAAGGAGACGCUCCAUCCGGCGCCGAUGCUACCCUCACAAUGGACAGCAAGAACUUCUUCGACAUGUUCACGGGCAAAACGAAGCCCACUACCGCUUAUAUGAUGGGAAAAUUGAAGAUUGCUGGAAACAUGCAAAAGGCCAUGAAGCUUGAAAAGCUCAUGGGCAAAUUGAAAUCGAAAUUGUAAAUGUUUCAAUGAAACUCUUGAUAAUUAAGUAAUCUUAGGUGCAAAGUUUUCUGUUUUAUAUGGUUAUAAAUAAAUAUGUUUUUUUUAUAUAAGAAU